GCAGCAGCGGUCAAGUCUGCUCUCUUUAGGAGGGGCCUCACUGUGGAGGCAGCGCUGUGCCUGUGGUGCAUACCAAAGCCCAAAUACAUGCCUGCAUUUCAAUUGUGUGUAGCUGCUGGUUGCAUACAGGGUCGCCUGAUCAUCAGGGGGAAUAUCGGACUGCGUGGUGAACAGGAUCUGACUGCUGCUUCGCUGGAUAACGUUUCACCAGGUGGCCACGUUGCUCUGGUAAACCCCAGAUAAGAUGUCUCAUCGGAGUGGCCAAGAGGACCCAGAGCGGUACCUGUUUGUGGACCGGGCUGUCAUUUACAACCCAGCGACGCAGGCCGACUGGACAGCCAAGAAGCUAGUGUGGGUCCCCUCGGAGCGCCAUGGCUUCGAGGCAGCCAGCAUCCGGGAGGAGCGGGGCGAGGAGGUACUGGUGGAGCUGGCAGAAAAUGGCAAGAAGGUGGUCAUCAAUAAGGAUGACAUCCAGAAGAUGAAUCCCCCGAAGUUUAGCAAAGUGGAGGACAUGGCGGAGCUCACCUGUCUGAAUGAGGCAUCUGUGCUCCACAACCUGAAAGACAGAUACUACUCUGGACUCAUAUACACAUACUCGGGGUUGUUCUGUGUGGUCAUCAACCCCUACAAGAACCUACCCAUCUAUUCAGAGAACAUCAUCGAGAUGUACAGAGGGAAGAAGAGGCAUGAGAUGCCUCCACACAUUUACGCCAUCUCUGAAUCUGCAUACCGCUGCAUGCUCCAAGAUCGAGAGGACCAAUCAAUCCUUUGCACGGGUGAAUCAGGGGCUGGAAAGACAGAGAAUACGAAGAAAGUGAUCCAGUACCUGGCUCAUGUCGCCUCCUCACACAAAGGACGCAAAGACCACAACAUUCCUCCCGAAUCUCCCAAAGCAUUCAAGCUACAGGCAAGUGCAUCUCCAGCUUUCUCUAAACCGGGCGAGUUGGAACGUCAGCUCCUGCAAGCCAACCCAAUCCUCGAGUCUUUUGGCAAUGCAAAGACAGUGAAAAAUGACAACUCAUCUCGCUUUGGGAAGUUCAUCAGAAUCAACUUCGAUGUUGCAGGAUACAUCGUCGGGGCCAACAUCGAAACUUAUCUUCUGGAGAAGUCCAGGGCCAUCAGGCAGGCCAAAGAUGAGAGGACCUUUCACAUCUUCUACCGGCUGCUGGCAGGAGCUGGAGAACAUCUCAGAACUGACCUGCUCCUCGAAGGCUUCAACAACUAUCGCUUCCUGUCAAACGGUAACCUCCCCAUCCCCGGUCAGCAGGACAAGGAGAACUUCCAGGAGACGCUGGAUGCCAUGCACAUCAUGAGUUUUUCCCAUGAUGAGAUCGUCUGCAUGCUGAAGGUGGUCUCUGCUGUGCUGCAGUUUGGGAACAUCGUCUUUAAAAAAGAAAGAAACACAGAUCAGGCCUCCAUGCCUGAAAACACAGCGGCUCAGAAGCUAUGCCAUCUGCUUGGGAUGAACGUAAUGGAGUUCACCAGAGCGAUUCUCACACCGAGGAUCAAGGUGGGACGAGACUACGUCCAAAAGGCGCAGACCAAAGAACAGGCUGAUUUUGCUGUUGAAGCUCUGGCGAAGGCGACAUACGAGCGUCUGUUUCGCUGGCUCGUCCAUCGCAUCAACAAAGCUCUGGACCGGACCAAACGACAGGGGGCGUCCUUCAUCGGUAUCCUGGACAUCGCUGGAUUUGAGAUCUUUGAGCUGAACUCCUUCGAGCAGCUGUGCAUAAACUACACCAACGAGAAGCUGCAGCAGCUCUUCAACCACACCAUGUUCAUCCUGGAGCAGGAGGAGUACCAGAGGGAGGGCAUCGAGUGGAGCUUUAUCGACUUUGGCCUGGACCUGCAGCCCUGCAUCGACCUCAUUGAGAGGCCGAAUAACCCUCCUGGUAUCCUUGCUCUGCUCGAUGAAGAGUGCUGGUUUCCUAAGGCCACUGAUAAGACAUUUAUCGACAAAGUGCUGCAGGAGCAGGGAACACACACCAAGUUUCAGAAGCCGAGGCAGCUGAAAGACAAAGCAGACUUCUGCAUCAUUCACUACGCAGGACGGGUGGAUUACAAAGCUGAUGAGUGGCUCAUGAAGAACAUGGAUCCUCUAAAUGACAACGUGGCCACACUGCUGCACCAGUCCACUGACAAGUUUGUAGCUGAGCUCUGGAAAGAUGUCGACAGAAUCGUGGGUCUGGAUCAGGUCGCAGGCAUGAAUGAGACGACAUUCGGAGCUGCAUACAAAACCAAGAAGGGCAUGUUUCGUACGGUGGGUCAGCUGUACAAAGAGCAGUUAUCGAAGCUGAUGGCGACCCUGAGGAACACAAACCCAAACUUUGUUCGCUGCAUCAUCCCCAACCACGAGAAACGGGCAGGUAAACUGGACCCUCAUCUGGUUCUGGAUCAACUGAGGUGUAACGGAGUUCUAGAAGGGAUCCGUAUCUGCAGACAAGGUUUCCCAAACCGCAUCGUCUUCCAGGAGUUCAGACAGAGGUACGAGAUCCUCACUCCAAAUGCCAUUCCUAAAGGCUUCAUGGAUGGAAAACAGGCCUGUGAGAGAAUGAUUCGAGCUCUGGAGCUGGACGGAAACUUGUUCCGCAUUGGUCAGAGUAAAAUCUUCUUCAGGGCCGGAGUCCUGGCUCACCUGGAGGAGGAGAGAGACCUGAAGAUCACCGACAUCAUCAUUUACUUCCAGGCUGUCUGUCGGGGAUACCUGGCACGCAAAGCGUUUGCUAAGAAGCAGCAGCAGCUCAGUGCUCUUAAAGUCCUCCAGAGAAACUGUGCAGCCUACCUGAAGCUGCGUCACUGGCAGUGGUGGAGGCUCUUCACAAAGGUGAAGCCUCUGCUGCAGGUGACCCGGCAGGAGGAGGAGAUGCAGGCCAAAGACGAGGAGCUGGUCAAGGUGAAGGAGAAGCAGACAAAGGUGGAGGGAGAGCUGGUGGAGAUGGAGAGGAAACAUCAGCAGUUGAUGGAGGAGAAGAACAUCCUGGCGGAGCAGCUCCAGGCCGAGACUGAGCUGUUCGCAGAGGCAGAGGAGAUGAGAGCUCGUCUGGCAUCUAAAAAGCAGGAGCUGGAGGAGAUCCUUCAUGACCUGGAGUCCAGGCUGGAGGAGGAGGAGGAGAGGACCCAGAGUCUGCAGAAUGACAAGAAGAAGAUGCAGUCACACAUCCAGGACCUAGAGGAGCAGCUUGAUGAGGAGGAGGCCGGCAGGCAGAAACUUCAGCUGGAGAAAGUGACAGCUGAGGCCAAAAUAAAGAAAUAUGAGGAGGAUAUUUUGCUGCUAGAAGACCAGAACUCCAAGUUCAUCAAGGAGAAGAAGCUGAUGGAGGAUCGAAUCAACGAGAUGAGCUCGGUGCUCGCCGAAGAGGAGGAAAAGGCCAAAAACCUGGGCAAGGUGAAGAACAAGCAGGAGAUGAUGAUGGUCGACCUGGAAGAGAGACUGAAGAAGGAGGAGAAAACUCGUCAGGAGCUGGAGAAGUCAAAGAGGAAGCUGGAUGGUGAAACAUCAGACUUACAGGACCAGAUCGCUGAGCUGCAUGGUCAGAUUGAAGAGUUCAAAGUUCAGAUGAGCAAAAAGGAAGAGGAGCAGCAGAUGAUGCAGGCCAGGGGUGAGGACGAGGUGAGUCAGAAGAACAACGCUCUGAAGCAGGUCAGGGAGCUGCAGGCCCAGCUGGCCGAGCUGCAGGAGGACCUCGAUUCAGAGAAAGUGGCUCGAAACAAGGCCGAGAAACUCAAGAGGGACCUGAGCGAGGAGCUGGAGGCUUUAAAGACCGAGCUGGAGGACACGCUCGAUACAACCGCCGCCCAGCAGGAACUCAGGACAAAGCGUGAACAGGAGGUCGCUGAGCUGAAGAAGACGAUCGAGGAUGAGUCCAAAAACCACGAGUCUCAGAUCCAGGAGAUGAGACAGAGGCAUGCCACUGCGCUGGAGGAGCUGUCUGAGCAGCUGGAACAGGCUAAGAGGUUUAAAGCUAACCUGGAGAAGACCAAGCAGAGCCAGGAGAGUGCCAACAAGGAGCUGGCCUGUGAGGUGAAGAGUCUGCAGCAGGCCAAGGUCGAGUCCGAGCACAAGAGGAAGAAAGUGGAGUCUCAGCUGCAGGAGCUCAUGGCCCGAGCCACAGAGGGAGAGAGAGCGAAGGGAGAGCUGGCCGAGAGAACACAUAAGCUACAGACUGAGCUUGACAACGUGUCGGCUUUGUUGGAAGAUGCAGAGAGGAAAGGAAUCAAGAUGGCGAAAGAUGUUUCUGGACUGGAGAGUCAGCUGCAGGACACACAGGAGCUGCUGCAGGAAGAGACUCGCCAGAAACUGAACCUGAGCAGUCGUAUCCGUCAGCUGGAGGAGGAGAAGAAUGGUCUUCAGGAGCAGCAGGAGGAGGACGAGGAGGCACGCAAGAAUCUGGAGAAGCAGAUCUUUACCCUGCAGUCACAGCUUUCAGACAGUAAGAAGAAGCUGGAGGACGACGUGGGAACAAUCGAUGCUUUGGAAGAGACGAAGAAGAAGCUGCAGAAGGACCUGGAGAUGGCCAGCCAGCGCCUGGAGGAGAAAACCAUCGGCUUUGAAAAGAUGGAGAAGACAAAGACGCGUCUGCAGCAGGAGCUGGAUGAUCUGACUGUUGACCUGGAUCAUCAGAGACAGAUCGUCUCCAACCUGGAGAAGAAGCAGAAAAAGUUUGACCAGAUGCUGGCUGAGGAGAAGAGCAUCUCAGCUCGCUAUGCCGAGGAGCGUGACCGAGCUGAAGCCGAGGCUCGAGAGAAAGAGACCAAAGCUCUGUCCAUGACCAGAGCUCUGGACGAGGCCCUGGAGGCCAAAGAGGAGCUGGAGAGGAUCAACAAGCAGCUCAGAGCUGAAAUGGAAGACCUGAUGAGCUCCAAGGACGACGUGGGCAAAAAUGUCCAUGAGCUGGAGAAAUCCAAGCGCACUCUGGAGCAGCAGCUGGAGGAGAUGAAGACGCAGCUGGAGGAGCUGGAGGACGAGCUUCAGGCCACCGAGGAUGCCAAGCUUCGCCUGGAGGUCAACAUGCAGGCGAUGAAGGCUCAGUACGAGAGGGACCUGCAGGGCCGUGACGACCAGAGCGACGAGAAGAAGAGAGCGCUCGUCAAGCAGGUGCGAGAGAUGGAGGCAGAGCUGGAGGACGAGAGGAAGCAGAGAGCUUUGGCUGUGGCGGCUAAAAAGAAGCUGGAGAUGGAUCUGAAGGACAUCGAGGGUCACAUCGAAGGAGCCAACAAGGCUCGAGAUGAAGCCAUCAAACAGCUGCGUAAAUUACAGGCCCAAAUGAAAGACUACCAGCGGGAGUUAGAAGAUGCUCGAGCAUCCAGAGAUGAUAUUUUUGCCAUAUCGAAGGAAAAUGAGAAGAAACUGAAGAGUCUGGAGGCUGAGAUCGUUCAACUACAUGAGGACCUGGCAGCGUCAGAGAGAGGACGACGUCAUGCAGAGCAGGAACGAGACGAGCUGCAGGAUGAAAUCUCAAACAGCACAUCUGGAAAGGCGGCUCUGAUGGAUGAGAAGAGGAGACUGGAGGCUCGUAUCGCUCAGCUGGAGGAAGAGCUUGAGGAGGAACAGGGCAACAUGGAGCUGCUCAAUGACCGCUUCAGAAAGACGACCAUGCAGGUGGACACUCUGAGCACAGAGCUGAGUGCAGAGCGCAGCACAGCGCAGAAAAGUGAGAACGCUCGUCAGCAGCUGGAGCGUCAGAACAAGGAGCUUCGGGCCAAGCUGGGCGAGCUGGAGGGGUCUGUGAAGAGCAGGUUUAAGGCCUCCAUCACUGCACUGGAGGCUAAGAUCGCACAGCUGGAGGAGCAGUUGGAGCAGGAGGCCAAGGAGCGAGCCGGAGCCAACAAAAUGGUGAGGAGGACUGAGAAGAAGCUCAAAGAAAUCUGCAUGCAGGUGGAGGAUGAGCGCCGCCAUGCUGACCAGUUUAAGGAACAAGUGGAAAAAGCGAACUCUCGCAUGAAGCAGUUGAAGCGUCAGCUGGAGGAAGCAGAGGAGGAGGCGACGAGGGCCAACGCCUCCCGCAGGAAGCUGCAGAGAGAGCUGGAUGACGCCACAGAGGCCAGCGAGGGUCUUAGUAGAGAAGUCCACACGCUCAAGAACCGCCUCAGGCGUGGCGGCCCCAUCAGCUUCUCGUCCAGCCGCUCAGGCAGACGUCAGCUGCAGGUAGAGGGAACGUCUCUGGAUCUCCUCUCUGACGAUGAGCUGGAGAACAAGAUCACAGACAACAACGCCAACGAGACACCAGCUACACAACCCCAGCAGGAGUAGAUCAGAAAAAGCCUUAACUCUUACUCCCCCAGAUCACCUAACAGCCCCAAAACAAACACUAAACACCAUCCUCCCAGCUUGAGUUGACCUUAUAAACAUGGCGGCCAUUUUUAUCUGACACUUAGCUCAGAAUGGGAGGAGCAAACUCUGCUAUCAUCUUAUAAAUCUUGAUUUUUACUCUGUUGGUGGAGGUGGUGUAGGAAUAAGGACUUCUUGAAUUUAUAGGACUUUACAGCAUGUAAGGGUGAAAUAAAAACAGCAGUUCAGCCUUACAUCCUGAGCUCUAAAUCUGAUUAAAAUGGCCACCAUGAGAAUAUGUUGCCGUGAUUUGAUUAAAGGAUUCUCUCCAAGCACAUACAGCAUGAACAAAGCAGGAAAAAAUAUUUUCAAAGUUAAAUCUCAGCUCGAAACGUUAGCAGACACCAGCAGAUGGACUCCCAACCCCCUAAGCCCUUAUUCUGCCUUACCUUUCCUUACCGAGCUGCAGAAAAGACGCGCUUUUCUCCUAAACUGCACAAAAACUGCACAUGAAAAAACAACAAGCCCCUUCUUUCAUUCAUGGAUGUGUUAAAAACUUUGAUUGAGUUGUUCUCAUAGUUCAGUGAGUGUGUCUGGAUGAUAGUUUUAUUUUGUUGGACCAGAAUAACGAGCUGUUUGAAAUGCUUCCGAAUGCUAAAAUGAUAGCAUUGCAAUAUUUAAGAAUGAAGGAUCCGCCUGACUUUAUUUUUUCAUGAAUCUACCAGAGACAGUAUGUCCACCAUAUAAAGGAUUUAGUUAUCUUAGCUGAAAUGUAACUGAAUAGUAUUUUUUAAAACCAUGUGCUCUGAUUGUCUGCUUGCAUAAAAUAGAAAUGUGACUCUAAGCUGCCUCUUUGCCUCAGCGCUACACCAUGUUGCUUUUCUGACGGUAUCUACCAUAUCACAUGACCAUUGUUCCUCUGACGUCACGCUCUGAGUGAGAAGUUUAAAAGCUGGUGCAAAGUUUUACUGCAGUGUUUUAAUGACUCAAAUCAUGAGUAGGUGGGAAAUGGAAACAAUGGGUAGGGAAAAAUCAAGCAACGGAGAUGUUUUUUUCCCACAUAUCCGGGUUAAGUCUGCAGUUAAGACAGGCUUAGCAAGUCAACCCAGACAUCCCUCUCCCUAGCGAGGUUUUCUAGCUCCUCCAAGGCUGUCCUCUGGCCAGAUGAGGUAUAUAAUCUAGAGUCUAGAUCAGGCCCAGAAAAUUCUAGCCUGAUCCUACCUGAGCCGACGCCUGUUCCUUCUGAGCCUGCUCCAUCACAUAAACUGUAUUUACGGGCCCAGGCCAAAUUUUAAUCCUGACAUGUUUUUAGUAAGUUGGCUUUUAAAAUUAAGGUUUUAAACUGCAUUUCUGAGUUGUUUUAAUGGCAGACUUGUGUUCAGAUCAAUCAAUCAAUCCAUGUUUGUAUAGCGCCAAUUUAUAACCAAAGUAAUCUCAAAAGUCUUUACGAAGAGGGCAGGUCUAGACCGUACUCUCUAAUGUGGCCUAUUAUAAUAGACCAGAUGAGAUCUUAAUGGGCACAACACAGAAUAACUGUGGAGUGGAUUGAGCUGGCAGUGCCACUUUUUAACAGCUUUUCCUCCACAGUGAUGUAAUGUUUAGUACAUAAACCAUUCGUAAUUUUAUUGCACUUUUGGAGGCCUUCUUAAUUUAACAGCCAUGACCUGCAGACCUGGGCAGCAGAUCUUGUAAUUUGUCCAGUGGGUGUUCAAUGAGGGAAAUGGAGAAAUAAGAACUAAGGAACAUCUUAAAAAAUGUAUCAGAAAACUAGUCCUGUCUGACAGGAAGUCCCCCACUUGAGCUCAACCCAGCUGUAGCCAAAGGGUAGGGGUAGGGAUCCUGGCCCAAACCAUUUUAAGGCUGCAGGCCAUUUCGUGUCGGCCUCUAAUAUAAGCCUCCAGCAAGUUCUGGGGCUACCCUUGGGUCUCCUCUCAGUUGAACAUGGGCAGAAGGCCUCCAAAAAGAGGCAAAGGACCAGUGGUUCUACUCCAAGAUGUUUGAGCUCCUCACCCUGAGCCAAGAAACCCUCCUGAGGACUCUCAUUUUGACCACAUGGUCUAAUUAUUUUGGUCACUACUUAAAAUGUCAUGACCAAAGUUGAGGGAUGGAAACACAGACUGAUUUGCCUUGGCCUUUACCUCCAUUUUCACCACAACAGUCUGAUACAACACCCACAAAAAUGCACACUUUGCACCAAGUUUGCUGCAGUUUUGUAGUCCAACAACACUAGAUACUUGAACUCCUUCACCAGGGGCAAAGACCAACCUUUGGGGAGUAAUCCACCCUUGGAUUAUUGAACGGCAGACUGCCUACUUGUUCCUCCUGUGUCCAUGGUUUGAUGGUUGAGGCCUCUUUUCUGUCCUGGUCUGAAUGAAUUUUUAGUGUGGAGUUUGUUGACAGGGGAGCUGUUAUUAUUACUCUCAGUAAAGAUGAAUGAUUCAAUGCUAAUGUCAGCUUUUGCCACCCUUUUCUUACUUUUUAUUGUAACUCUAAAUAUCUAACAGUACUCCUUUGAUUUUUGCUUACAUUUCUUGUUUCCGUGGCUGUUUAUUUAGGGUUAAAAUAACAUAAAACAUCUCCUUAAGGAACCUGAAACCCCACAGCUUUAGCAGCUUUUCUCACUCGCAGCCUGACAUCAGAGAAAAAUGUCACUGUGUGACUAUGGCGACUUGGUUCCUCGUGUUUGACAGCAGGUCGGUGUUGACUUGUAAUUACUCGCUCACAGCAGCGACCCGAGCAUGUUCUUUUGCUUCUUUCUCGUUCUUCUUCUGUGCCUUUUUCCACUCAUCUUAAACUGAAAAACAUUUAUGCCACAUAUACUGUUCAUGUACUGACCUAAUGUCAUGAAGGUAUUUUCAUAAAAUAUUCAUUAUUUUGCAUAUAUCAUGAAAUGUUUGUGGGAUUUUCUUUGAUUUGUAAGUGCUGCUACAGCAGUGAUUGAUAUGUCCGGCCGUGCAGGAGUGUUCGAUGACUUUUCUUAUCGAUAACUUUUAUACGUUUUGAGUUAUUAAGGUUGAAAAACAAUAGACAGAAACUGUAUUUAUAUCUCUGCUAUUGUAAACAGUACAAAGUCCAUCAAAAUGCUCAGUAUUCAUCGUUGACUGACUGUACCAGUGCUCACUAUUAUGACAUGUACAGUUUAUGACUUAUUAGGAGCUAAAAUACAUUAAAGUCUAUUGAGCCCAGUUUAA